AUGGGGCCGAGCCUGGGGCCGCUGCUGCUGCUGCUGCUGCCGCCCCUCCCGUGGGCUGAGCCCCGGCCCGGUGGGGCCGGUGGGGCCGGCGUGGGCUCGGACGCACCGGCCGGGGCGGUGGCUGGUGCCGGUGGGGACGGGACCCGGCUCCAGCCCUCGAUCAUCGGGGGACACGAGGCCAAAAAGCACUCCCGGCCCUACAUGGUGCUCCUCCAGCUCGAGGGGAAUCGCUCCUGCGGGGCAGCGCUGCUGCACCGGCGCUGGGCGCUGACAGCCGCGCACUGCCUGCGUGAGAAGUGAAGCGAGGGGCGUCUGGUGGUGGGGCUGCACAAGCUGGGGGACAGCGGGGCGAGCACCCAGAGCUUCCACAUCCGGGCUGCCUGUCCCCACCCCGACUACGACCCACAGACGAUGGAGAACGACCUGCUCCUGCUGCAGCUGGACGGGAAGGUGACACUGAGCAAGACACGGCGGCUGAUCUCGCUGGCGAGACGGGAGCCGGCGCCGGGGGAGCGCUGCAGCCUGGCGGGCUGGGGGGUCGUGGACUCCCAGGGUCGGAAGCCGUCGCCCACCCUGCAGGAGCUGGAGGUGACGGUGAUGGACACGCAGAAAUGCAACAGCAGCCGCUUCUGGCACGGCGAAAUCGGCCCCUCCAUGAUCUGCUUCCAGGGGCAGCGCCGCGGCUCGGCGCCCGCCAAGGUGAGGGUUUGGGGCUCCGAGGGCUGCAAAGCUCUGCCCGCCCCGAGCCCGGCCGAGGGGGGCUCCGGGGGCGGGGAGGAUGCUCACCCUGGGCGGGCGAGAUGUCCCCCUGGCCGUGGUGGGGGUCCCUGUCCCCGUGCCCACUCCCCGGUGUCGCCUCGCCCUCAGGGUGACUCGGGGGGCCCGUUGGUGUGCGGGAAGCGGCCGGCGGUGGCCGGUGUGGUGUCCUUCAGCAGCAGGAACCCCACGGACCCUUCCAAGCCGCCGGUGGCCGCCUCGACCGUGAAGAACAAGAAAUGGAUCCGGAAAACGCUGCGGAGGGGCUGCGGCCAGCCCGAACACCCGGGAGACACCAAACACCCCUUCCUAUUUACACAGGUUGGCUUUUAA